AUGAAUCGAUAUAGAAACGUCCCUGGCCAGCGCGGCCCUACCAAGGCGACUGCCAGCACCCUGUGCCAGAAAUGUCUUAAACGAGAUAACUAUGAAUGCAAGUCAACAGCUCAAGAACGGCCCUAUGUAUCCCGGCCUUCGCGCACACAGCAGUUACAGAACCCGGAUCUGGUACCGAAACUGAAGAAUGAGUCAAUGACCGAUCUGACUACAAGAACCAAUGGUCUUGCAGAUGAGAUUAUAGCAAAGCAAGAGCGAGAACGGGGAAGGAAACGAGAUCUUGAUGAUGAACCUUACGCCCAGUCCUCGAAACGGCCAAGGUCCAUGUCUUCACGCUCGUCAAUCUCGGUGUCUACAAUCUCAACAGGCCGGUCUCGAUCGGGGUCGCCGGGAUAUCGAGGCAAAUACAAGGACGAGGAACAAGAGCAAAACUCGCCGGCCUCAACCAUAAAUAGGUCCCGUCAGCGGAAGCGACGCUAUAGCGGUGAUUCGGUCUCAACUUCGUCGCCUUCACCUGAACGCCCGUCACGAGAUUGCAGCCUAGAUACAGAGGAACGAAAUACCCGCAGAAAACGGCGCGAAUACAGCCCACCGGAAAGAGGCCGAAAGAGAGACUCAUCUACUCGUGGUAGUCGCAGAGCCUACCAAUCAUCACAAAGUCGGAGUCAAGAGAGGAGUCGUAUCGCUGGAGGGCGACAGUCGAUGACACCAAUUACACAACAACAGCGGCAACAGCGUCGGAGAUCCCCUCAUCCUCGAGAUAGACCUACGCAGAGAAGAGAAGAGCCACAGCGAGACCGGAGUCUAAGUCCAUUCAGCAAGCGGCUUGCUCUUACUCAGGCUAUGAACAUGGGGCGGUAAUCUAGACUAUACUAUAUGCGAGCGUUGUACCUAUACUGUAUCUAUAUGAUUGUUCCUUAGCGUAUAUUGCAUUUUUAAAAAAUUCAUUCCGUAAUACAUGCCUUCC